AUGGAGGUGAUAAAGUUUGUGACGGAGAAUUUCCUGCUCUACCUCCUCCAAGGGGCCAUUGGGGCCCAGGAACAGGCGGCAGGACUUGGGUUGACGAUCAUGGCUGUCAGCACCCUUGCUAUGGCUGCCUUCCUAGGACCACGAUCUGGGAACAGACGGCGGCAUGGACGAAUUUCAGCCAGAAUUUGUCUGGCUAUCGGACUUGUAUGGCAGAUCAAACCGGUAGCUGCCGGACCAAGUCUGAAGCUCCGAGGGAAUGGUCCUAUUGGCCUUGGACCCAGAAGCGACAUAGACUUUUGGAUGGCCGGACAAAGCCCGCCGAGUGAACAGCUUGCGGCAGCCAUGGCCAGAUGCAUACAAGAACUGCCCCUUGAGCACAACUGGGCAGAAGCACAUGACCCCCGAUAUGAGGUGCCGGCUGAGCCACCGGAGUUUGAUGCCAACGUUGUCGACAUCGCUACGGUCCAUGCCACCGCAUGGAUAGCAGCCCCGUACUACGAAGCGGAGACCAUCGACUUCCACCUCCGCAUACCCACGACUUUGGCCCAGCUUCAGGAGGCGGUGCAGCAAACUAGCAAUCGGGACAAAGAUUAUGAAAUGGAGUUUGUCCCGACCAUCCCACAACUUGGCGAGGGCUAUGUGAGCUACAUUGCCUACCCCAAGUGGCUCAAAGACACAGAGCGUGUGACAUUACUCAUUGAUGCCACGGACAUUGGGGGCGGGACUUUUGCGGCCUAUGUCCCGAACCCAACGACGAGGGAAAGAGUCUUGAUGCACUUGGUGGAAGGAUGGCCGGCUGGGCUUCGGGCCUUCCUUGGGGGCCAUGACCGCCCCAUGCGAACCGGACACGAGUAUCAUGUGCUACCUGGCACCCUCAUAAAAAUCAUGAGGCCACAUGCGGCGCCCAGAUGGAAAGACGAGGUGGCCAACCGUCUUCAGGACCCACGGCGUUGGAGCCCAGAGGCGGUACUACCGGGACCCCUGGAUGGGCUCCACAUGGUCUACCAAGCGGCGGAUGAUCAGGUGUUGGAGGAGAUUGCAUCUGACGACGAGAGACCCUUAGAAGUGUCGGCGGAAGAAGCCCUGCGCUACGAGCACGGGGACGUGUGGGUAAAAGUGCCCAAUGAGCGCCUCCUGGACUUAGCACAUAUGGGGCGUAGAGUUUGGGGCCAGGUUGCUGUCUUGGAUGGGUGGGAGCAACAUGGACACAAUGCCCCGGUGAUCUUCGCCGACAUCCGGGGGCUGGCCUUGUUUCCACAGUGGCUACAGCUAGAGGGCACAGUCUUCAAGCCGGUCGACUUCUAUGAAACUCUGGACCUGCCGCCACUACCGGGAUGGACCUUGCUUGUGCAGGGAGGAAACCCCAGAGACGAUGGCGAAAAUAUUGAUGUGGCUGACGGGGAAGUGCUACACCUAUUUUUGGCCAAGGAUGACUCGGCGGAGAAUGCAGAGUCAGAGGAAUCCUCUGGUGGCGAUGGAGGGGACGCUGGCGACGGAGGAGAUGAUGGGUCUGACUCGAGCAGCACCUUUGAUGCGAUGCCCGACUCCGACGACCUCACGACGCCCAGCCCCCAUGACCAAAAUGGACCGCCAAGAGGCCCACCCCGGCCUAGACCGGUCAAUGCCCCACCGGACCGAAGCCGCUCGCCCAGAAGACAUGGGGACCAUGAGUCUGACGAGGCGUGUACUAACGUUCCUGAUGCACCCUGUCUUCUACGUCUCCAUGACCAUAUUGACGGCCCCAACUAUGACCUCACACGGAUCAGCCUUCCACUGCCACAUCGAGUUGAUGAUAUCUGGCCGCUAUUCUGUCCAUGGUCUGGUGAAUGGCUACAGUGGAACCUCGAGGGCAUUGACAUGAAUGCUGAGGCCGAGAUGGCAGUACGGCAGGCCUGCCCUUGGCAACAGCUCUUGAUGGAUGAGAGCCAUGAAGCUCCGCAGAUCCAUAUUUACACGGAUGGAUCUGCAAAUGAAAAGGAAGGAAUCAGUGGUUACUCGGCUGUUAUCCUGCUCAAGCUCGGAACAGCCUUUGCCAUCUUCGGACUCCUCGGUGGCCAAUUGUUGGGCAAACCGGCCUCGCAGUGGCCCCUUGCAGGCCCGGCGGCCCUUACUGCGGAGCAAGUGGCUGUAGCGGCAGCCCUACUUUGGGCUCUACAAGCACGGGCCCUACUACCACGGAUUGACUGUCUUCUACAUGUGGACUGCCUUGCUGCGGGCAGGGCGGCGGAUGGAAGCUGGUCUCCGGUGGAUGCCCUCUCCGUACAGGUGCACAAUCUUGAACUAGCCCUACGCGAGCUGGAGGGGGUUACGGUCCAGAUUGCGCAUGUGAAGGGCCACUCUGGAGAUGGAUGGAAUGAGCUCGCGGAUGCUGUUGCAAAAAGUGCCUCAAGAGGUCAGCGCUCCUUUGCUGAACCACCGGAAGCUACAUGCAGAGCACUCCUCGACACCAAUCUAGAUUGGCUCGGUUUUGAGAUGGCGGCCAGAAAGAAUGGGGGAGCCCAAGUCUAUGACGGCAAUCUGUGUUGGUCGGAAAUGCCAAGACAGCCCCCCCUUCUACAGCCUGAACAGCUCAUCCCUACUGAGAUGACGCAGCAAUCUGCUGCCCCCAACCACAGCAGCGCUUUCUACCUCAAGGCCUGUACUUUCAACGUUCAAGGCCUGGGCGGCAACUUCCGCUACAUGGAGGAACAAUUUGAAAGCGCGGAGUACAAUGUGGUGAUGAUGCAGGAGACUAAGACGGGAGGUGGACAGUGCCAAAGCCAGCGAUACUACCGCUUGGCAUCUGACGCACAGCGUCAUUGGGGCACAGCCAUAUGGCUCAGCAAGACCAAAGGCAUCAUGGAGCUUAAUGGUCAUGCAGUCCACCCGGAGGAGGCCAACACCACUGUGGUCUGUGCUACGCCCAGGCUCUUGGUGGUUGUGAGCAAGAUUGGACAAGCUAAGAUUGGGAUUGUGGCAGCCCACUGUCCACAUGCCACGAAGCCGAAGGAGCGCAGCGACUUCCUGGAGCUCCUGACCCGGCACUUGGCUAGCCUCAAGAAGGUCCAGCUGCUCUUGGUGGGAGUUGACCUCAACGGCAGACUCCCGCUGAACUACCCCAACGUGAGCGGAGACCUGGAAUUCCAGGACCCGGAUGCCCAGGGGGAACAGGCUGCCCAGAUCUUCCAGGAUUGUGGAGUCUGGGCACCGUCCACAUACGCAAGUAUCCACGUGGGAGAGUCGGCCACCCAUGUCCACCACACAGGCCUUGAGAGCCGUAUUGACUACCUGCUCUUGGGUGGUACUGCCCAUGUCUCCAGGGCUCGGAGCUCUGUUGACCAAGGGAUGGACAACGGCAGUCCGAAUGAUGAUCAUCGAGCUGUCGCGGUUGAACUCCAAGGAGAACUGUGUGUUGGACACCCACGCGGGCGCCUCAAGCGCCCACGCUAUGACCUCGACAAGAUGAACACGGCGGAGGGGAGGAGACUAAUGAGCCAGGCCUGUCGUGCAUUCCAACAGCCAGCGUGGGAAGUUCACCCGGAUGAACACUGCCACAGGGUAGAAGUACACUUGAAGCAGACCCUGGAGACCUACUUCCCCAAACCGGAACAGCCCGGAAGAGCCUCCUACAUCCCGAGCGAGGUGUGGGCGAUCAGACGACGAAAGGGUCAACUACGGUGGCGAACCAGGCAUCGACGCGGACUGUGGCGUGGUCUGCUUCGAGCCGCUGUACAUGCUUGGAAGGAGGAUGACCCGACCCCCUUCGUCGCCCGUCUCAAAAAGCAAGCCCUCCUCUACGACCUUGUGGCCGGGGCGGUUCGCCUUGCCACGGACAAGAUCCGUAAGAUGAUUGCUGCGGCGAAGGACCAAUUUCUGCGCGGACUGGCAGCUACGGGGCCCACCGAUGUGGCGUCCAUCCUACAGCGGGCUAAGAAGGCGGGAUUGGGCAGCAAGGCCCGCCAAAUGGUUGGAAGGUCCCUGCCGAAGCUCAUGAAUCCUAGGACCGGGGAGGAAACCACAUGCGUGGCUGAACGUGACACGGUAUGGCUCCAGUUCUUUGGUGAGCAGGAAGUUGGACACAUCCUGCCCACCACCCGGUUCAUCCGGGAGGCCCAGGCCAGUGAAGAUGAAGUCCGAGAUGACUGGCAGUGGAAACAUCUCCCGAGCACUGUCGAGAUUGAGGAGGUGCUGCGAACGACUGCCCGCAACAAAUGUGCAGGUUUGGAUGGAGUUCCGAGCGAUGCACUGCGAUGUAGCCCGAGCGACUUCGCCAGGAUGAUACAACCCCUGUAUGUGAAAGCCCUCCUAGGAGGGCGACAACCGCUUCAGUGGCGAGGAGGAGUUUUGUUCGAGGCCUACAAGGGUGCUGGAGCCCAAUGCGACGUUUCCAGCCAUCGAAGCUUGUAUAUUUCAAGCUUCAUUGGCAAAUCCCUGCACCGUGUGAUGCGGGGUAAGGUGCGGGAUCAACUCGAUGCUUUCCUGCAUCCAUUACAUUGUGGAAGCCGACAAGGCAUGCCUGUUCUCUUCCCCUCCCUGUUUGUUGUUGAGCACCUGCGCCGAUGCCUCCAACAAGGCCUGAGCACGGCAGUGAUCUAUGUCGACACAAAAGCUGCCUACUACAGGUUGGUGCGACAGCUAGCUACAGGUGAUUUGGAGAUUGAUGCCAAUGUCGAACGACUUUUCCAUCGAUUUGGCCUGGACGGCGAGGAUAUGACCGAGCUCCGGGACCUCAUCCUCGACGGGGGCAUGCUGCAAAUGGCGGAGAUUGACGGACCGAUCCGGGCGGCUGUCCGCGAUUUCCAUCGCGACUCCUGGUUUACCUCCCGCUUCACGGACGGGAGCGCUAUUUGCCGCUCUACAGCGGGAUCAAGACCGGGAGCAUCAUGGGCUGACACGGUGUUCGCUGUGAUAUAUGCCCGCAUACUCUACAGAGUCCACGAGUGCAUGGAAGGCGAGCAGAUAAAUUUUUCAUUGCCGUGGAACCAGGAGCAGGGGAUCUUUACUGAUCAGCCGGGUGAUCAAUGGCAAUCGGCCUUUGACACCACUUGGGCUGACGACAGUGCGUAUGCCCUGCAGGCGGACACACCGGGUGAACUUCUGAGCCGAGCCAGCCGGGUCGGAUCACUGAUUCUAUCUGCCUUUCGCUCCCAUGGGCUCGACCCCAACCUCAAAAGACACAAGACCAGUGCUAUGAUAAAGGUCAGAGGCCCUGGGGCCAAGAAGGCAAGGCGUGAGUACUUUGGCUCUGGCAAGCCUGAGUUGGUCCUUCCGGACCUGGGCGAAGGCAUUCCGGUCGUCCCGUCCUACAAGCACUUGGGAUGUGUUCUCGACAUUGAAGCCCGGCUCCACCUUGAGGCCCGCCACCGCACUGCGUUGGCAGCGGCGGCGUAUGAGAAGGCCAAGGACCUGCUGCUUCAAAACAGGGACCUGUCUUUGAGUACCAGAGCACUGCUCUUCCAGGCAGCAGUGGUCCCUUCUUACUACAACCUUGAGGUAUGGAUAGCGGAGGGGAAACAUUGGGAGCAGCUCUGCGAUGCCUUCUCACGGCUGGUCCGACGACUCCUUUGCCGCGACAUCCCUGGGGAAGAUUUAUUCCGAGUUCCCCUCCCACUAGCUCACUGGGCGACGGAUUGUUGGCCAUUGGGGAUGUUUGCACGGCGCAGUCGAUUGUCUGCCAUUGUUUCGCUUGCUAAGAAGGGCCCACCAGUCCUCUGGGCCAUGCUGCAAAACGAAACAGACUGGUGUGCACAAGCCCGACGUGACCUGCUCUGGCUCACGCAGGGAGAAGAAGACCAGUGGCCGCGAGUUGAGGCGGCGGCGUGGCCGCAGUGGUGGCACCUCCUACGGUCCCGACCGGAGAUGGUCAAGCGACGCGUGCGUAAGGCCAAUGAGCGGGACUUCCAGUACUACAAGCGACGAGCUGCGAGUGAUGUGUGCCAUUGGUACAUGUACCGUCAGCUUCCCCCAGAGACUUGUGCGGAGGAGCCGCUGCAGCCCUGGACAUGCGGCAUCUGCGACAAAAGCUUUGGGAAGAAAUCGGCGCUCAGUGUCCACUUCUUCGGGGUACACGGCCGCAAAGCUGAGUACAGGUUCUUCUUGCAAGGCACUACAUGCAAGAGCUGUGGGAAAAACUUCCACACCCCAGGGCGGCUGGAGGACCACCUCCGGGCUACUCGAAAGUGUGUGCGAGUACUACAGCGAGAGCAGAAACCUCUGGCACAGGCACCCCCAGGCUACGGUAGCCGUGGGAGGAGGAAAACUGAGGCCGACCAGUAUACGCCAGCCCCGCCGACGAUGAGCGUUGUGGGUAGCCAUGACGGCAGAGAGUCGGAGGGGCGGCAGUGGAAUACCUGGCAGUGCCAACUGCACGAGAGGCUCUGCGAUACCCUUCUUGAGGACUUCGUGGUGGAAGAGAUCGAGGAGCAAAUCGAGCAACAGCUGAGGCGCCACCCCCUCUUCUACGACGAGAUCUGUGAAGUUACGCAGCACUUGCGUGAGGAGAUCGAGAUGAUCCAUGCGGAUCACGAGUUACAGCAAUGGAGUAAGGAACAGUUUACUGCAAUGCAGGCUGGGCUGCUCCACUACGAACAAAAUGGCUUUGGCAGAACUUCGAGGACUCAGCGAGAGACCCAACGCCUUUCCUCAAGGGCAACGUUCUGUGCCGCAGUAGCGAGUUUCGACUGGAUGUCGGCAUACUUGCGACUAUGGGGUGACAACGGGACCCAGAAAUCGCCGCUGUACAGCUUGUCUGAUAGUUGGGAAACUGCGUGGCAUCAGACAUGCAGCGGCGAGAUCAGCGCAGUCGUGGUCAAAGACCCCUUGCUUUUGCUCCCGCAGGAGCUGAAGGCCGUCUGGAAUGCCCUCAUGAAAGGUGAGUGGCCAAGACUGAAGGCCCCAAAGAGCUUCUGGGAGAACUCCCUGGCAGCACCGUCCAAUAAAUGGGCCGAUGGGCAGCGACAGCUGGUGGAGUGGUGA